AUGGAGUCCAACCUGCAGGGCACCUUCCUGCUGAACAACACGCCGCUGGCUCAGUUCUCGGAGGUGAAGGCGCCCGUGUGCCAGUACUCCGUGCAGAACUCCUUCUACAAGCUCAGCCCACCAGGGCUGGGCCCCCAGCUGGCCACCGGGACACCCCACGGGAUCACAGACAUCCUGAGCAGGCCGGCGGCCACGCCAAACAGCAGCCUCCUCUCCAGCUACCCCCCCGUGGCUGGCUUUGGUGGACUGGGCUCCCAGGGGGUCUACUAUGGCCCCCAAGUGGGGAAUUUCUCCAAGGCUGGGAGCGAGUACCCCACCCGGACCCGGAACUGCUGGGCAGACACAGGCCAGGACUGGCGCGGCGGGCGGCAGUGCAGCCACACCCCGGACACCCUGAGCGACAGCAUCCACAAGAAAAAGCACACCCGUCCCACCUUCACGGGGCACCAGAUCUUUGCCCUGGAGAAGACCUUUGAGCAGACCAAGUACCUGGCUGGCCCCGAGAGGGCGCGGCUGGCAUACUCGCUGGGGAUGACCGAGUCGCAAGUCAAGGUGUGGUUCCAGAACCGAAGGACCAAGUGGCGGAAGAAGAGCGCCCUGGAGCCCUCGUCCUCCACGCCUCGGGGCCCGGGCGGCACGGGCGCGGGCGGGGACCGCGCGGCCUCGGAGAACGAGGACGACGAGUACAACAAGCCGCUGGACCCCGACUCGGACGACGAGAAGAUCCGCCUGCUGCUCCGCAAGCACCGCGCCGCCUUCUCGGUGCUCAGCCUGGGCGCGCACGGCGUCUGACGCC